UGCUACAGUUUCACGCGGUGAUAAAUGCAAGCUACGAUAAAGGUUGUUACACUCCAGGUACACAUCUGGGUUCAAGGGCCAGAGAUAACUGCCUGAUUGCACGGCAGACAACGCCGAGACGUCUGCUCGCUGAGAAUUCCUGCUCAAGGCCGCGCUUGGCAGUCCGUGAGAUCGGUGAAAAGCGGGGAGGUUGCUUUCCUAAAGUGACCUAAAUGGGGUCACUGAGCGUACCACAACAAAAACAGUGAAGGGCACUAUCCUUGUGGGACGGUAUAACCAUGCAUUGCUUUAGUUGCGGAAGAACAUACGUUAUUAGCAGACGAUUUUUCAAGUGGAAACCGCCACGACGACGGUGCAGCAAUGAAACUUAUCCGAACUACUUGGUGCAAAACCUUUCUGAAGAGAGCCCCAAAGUAUCAUCACUGAUCAACGCAUAUAGGACAUGGGGUCACCAAGUAGCAACAAUCAACCCUCUUGUACGAACACUACCCAUGAAGCAUGUCAGAGCUCUAGACCCAGAAAGUCACGGCUUAAAGCCAACGCAGAAAUUCUCUGGAGUCUCUGUGGAGGAGCUGGUCAGCCAUCUCAAAGACGCGUACUGCGGUCCAGUGGGUUUGGAAUUCAUGUACAUGGCAGACGACGCAAAGAAAACGUGGUUUGCCAGGCGCUACGAAUCUCUUCUUGCAGAAGGAAGACCACCACCAGAAAUGCGCAGGAAAUUCGCGGAAGUUCUUCUCAAGUCACAGGCCUUCGACAAUUUUUUGGCUGCAAAAUUCUCAACGGUUAAACGGUACGGCGGGGAAGGAGCGGAGAGCAUGAUGGCGUUCUUCUACGAACUGUUCCGGUGCCUUCCACAGUCCAAUGUCACAGACGUCGUCAUCGGAAUGCCGCAUCGAGGGCGCCUCAACCUCCUCACGGGGCUGCUACAGUUCCCGGUUGUUGAAGUGCUCCAGAAGAUGAAAGGAAUGCCAGAAGUACCAGCUGGCAUCAAGGGUUCUGGAGAUGUGCUGUCCCACCUUGCGACAGCAGUCGAUCUCACAGAGUACGGAAGGCAGAUACAUGUAACCUUGCUUCCAAAUCCGUCCCACCUCGAGGCAGUGAGCCCUGUAGCUGUUGGCAAAGCUCGUGCCCGACUUCAAAGCCUCGAUCCAUCAGGCUACCACGACAAGUGGGUCAGACGACGAGCCGACGGAUCGGGUGGCGGACCUGUGCUACCCAUUCAAGUCCAUGGUGAUGCUUCGUUUGAGGCACAAGGCGUGAUAAUGGAAACUUUAGCUCUAGCGAGGCUCAACAACUUCACCGUCGGCGGGUCACUCCACCUUGUGGUGAACAAUCAAAUUGGGUUCACUACUCCACCAGAUUUCGGCAGGUCAUCCACCUAUGUGAGUGAUAUCAUGAAGAUGAUUGAUGCUCCGGUGAUUCACGUCAAUGGUGAUAACCCCGAGGCAGUAGCUCAAUCAGCGCGACUGGCCCUGGAGUAUCGAGAGACCUUCGGAGAAGACAUUCUCAUCGACAUGGUGUGCUUUAGGCGCUGGGGGCAUAACGAGAUGGACGACCCGACAUUCACGAACCCUCUCAUGUACGACGUUAUCCACGCUCGAGACAGUGUGCCAAACACCUACGCCAAAGAACUUGUGGAAGAAGGAACGCUGGAGAAAAGUGAGUGGGACAAGACUGUGAGUGACUACAUGGAGUUUCUUAACAGUCAUAACAAGCAAGUGGAUAGCUACGUGACAAAGUUCAAGUUUCUCGAGGGACGCUGGAAAGGUCUGAGCCAAGCCCCGUCUGCUAUCACAAGUUGGGACACUGGUGUUCCCGUGGACCUGCUCAAGUACAUUGGAAUGAAGUCCGUUGAAGUACCUCCUGAAAUCACCAUUCACCCCCACUUGCAGAAGGUACUGGUCCAAGACAGACAGAAAAAAAUCGAAGCAGGAACAAAUCUUGACUGGGCAACAGCCGAGGCACUUGCUAUUGGAUCGCUACUUUAUCAAGGCUAUAACGUACGCAUCUCUGGCCAGGACGUUGGGCGUGGCACCUUCAGCCAGAGGCAUGCCAUGCUUGUCGAUAGAGCAAACGAAGAGAGGUAUGUUCCUCUCAACAACAUGGUUCCACAGCAAGGGUUGUAUGAGGUUGUAAACAGUCCACUUUCAGAAGAGGCUGUAAUGUCAUUUGAUUACGGUAUGAGCCUGGAAACUCCAGAAACCAUGGUCAUCUGGGAGGCGCAAUUUGGAGACUUUCACAACAGUGCUCAAGUGGUCAUAGACACUUUUGUUACUUCUGGUGAAACUAAGUGGUUCCUGCAGUCUGGAAUGGUGAUCCUGCUACCACAUGGAUUUGAUGGAGCUGGUCCAGAGCAUUCAUCCUGUCGUAUCGAACGCUUCCUUCAGAUGACCGACAGCAAAGAAGAUGGUGUUGAUGGCGAUGACGUCAACUUUCACUUCGUCAACCCCACGACCCCUGCGCAGUAUUUCCAUCUCUUACGUAGACAGAUGGUCCGUAACUUCCGCAAGCCACUGGUGGUCGCCUCGCCAAAAAUUAUCCUCCGUCUACCGGCUGCAACGUCACCGCUGGACGACCUACGACCUGGAACCACAUUCCACCCUGUACUUGGUGACCCACUCUGGACUGGAGGAGACUGCAGCACGGUUUCAAAGGUGUUACUCUGCAGUGGCAAGCAUUAUUAUGCACUUGCCAAGCAAAGGGAAGCUCUGCAGAAACAGAAAGAAAUUGCAAUAGUCAGGCUGGAGGCUCUCUGUCCUUUCCCAACGAAGGAGCUUUCAGAAGAACUUGGCAAGUUCAAGGCCUGCAAGGACUGGGUUUGGUGCCAGGAGGAACAUCAGAACAUGGGUCCAUGGUUCUUUGUAAGGCCACGCCUGGAAAAUCUUGUUGGAAAACGGGUGCGGUAUGCAGGACGAGGACACUUGGGCACUCCAGCAGUAGGCAUUGGACAAGUCCAUCAGAAGGAGGUUCAGCAGAUCCUUGACAGGGCAUUCAGUUGAAGACAUGCAACAUAAGCAGUUCAAGUUAUACCUUUGUACAGCCGCGACUUUCUGAAGUUGAAAUAGAUUGAUUUUCGUGUUGUUA